AUGCUGCGCGAGCGAGACAAGCGCGCGCCCGCCUCGCCGCGCCACGCGCCGCUCCACGCGCCCGCUCCUGCGCCUCCGCUCGCGCCCGCCGCGCACCUCAACGGAUACCUUAUUUUGGGCAUAUUAACUGGUAUAUUGCAUACUUUGGUGGCAAAACAAGAAAUAGUCCUUAGUAUUGUACCUGUGGAUAUUGUCGUUAACACUGUAAUAGCUGCUGGUUGGGAAACUACAAAACAGCAGACCAACGAAGACGAUAUUAAGAUUUACAAUGUCACUAAUAAUCGUAGUCCCAUGCUUUGGAAAGAUUUAAGUAAAGUUUUAAAUAUACAUUUGAGGAAUUUAGUUUCGCCACGUACAAUCUGGUAUUGUUUCGUAAUAGAAACAACAAACGAAGUCAUUCAUUUAAUAUGUACUUUGUUCUUGCAUUUCAUACCUGCAUUCUUUGUAGAUAGUGCUUGUAAAUUAUUGAAUAAGCAACCAAUACUUACAAAAAUAUAUAAAAAGUUUACAAACUAUCAAACAUAA